GCCAACCCAGCCGACAGGGAGGAGCUGUUCAUUCAGAAACUGCGCCAAUGCUCCGUUGUCUUCGAUUUUGUGCCCGAUCCUCUCUCCGAUUUCUCCGACAAGGAGGUCAAGCGGUGCGCGCUCAAUGAGAUAAUUGAGUACAUGCUGGAGGCUGCAUCCGGCCAGACCAAUGCCGGGACCGCUGCUGCUGGCGGCGGUGGCGGUGUCAUCACCGAGGCCAUUUACCCCGAGGUGGUGAACAUGGUGGAGGCCAACGUCUUCCGCACCCUGCCUCCCCCCAGCAAUCCCACCGGUGCCGAAUUUGACCCCGAGGAGGAUGAACCCACCCUUGAGGCGGCGUGGCCGCAUAUCCAGCUCGUCUACGAGUUUUUCCUUCGAUUUGUUGAAUCACCGGAAUUCCAACCCAACCUUGCCAAGCGGUACAUUGAUCAACGGUUUGUCCUUCAGGUAGAUUCUCUUUGCAUUUUCUGA